UAUAUAUAUAUAUAUUAUUAAUUUGCUCACCCUGUCACUGUGCUUCUUCUAUUUUUUUAUUUUGCUUCUCUGUUAGUUCAUGGCAGCACUUUCUUCUACUCGUUCUGCUGAUGAGAAUAUAUUAUUGAAGCAGCCACAACACUACGCGCUCUCUUCUUCCAAUUCCGGAAUCUGAUUAAGUCCCCUUUAAACUAACAGGCGUGUUCGAGCCUCGAGCUCUUCUAUUUUCCAACAAGAACACCUGUAAAAAACAAAAAUACCUAAAGUUGCUUGCUCCAGCAAGGAGUAUCACGAAAAAAGAAAAACAUUCCCUCUCAGGUUAGGUGGUGUGCUUGAAUCAAUUUUUAUUAUUCUUUUAAUGACAGGAAAGUUAGGUCCACCCUUCCAAAUUUAUCCAAGGCAGGCCAUUAUAUUAUAUACAAGUGUCUUUUCAUUGUCUGUUUCCAGAGCCGAUAGAGGGUGACAUUUGCGAUGCAGUAGCUCGCGCACACAUGGAAAAAAAAAAAAAAAACAACUAGAACAGGACAAUCAUAAUAUCUUUUUCUGGCAGUCAAAGGAGCAAACCUCAGUUUAAACACGACAGGUUCAGGAAUUAUAGACACAGAUCAGCGCAUCGAUGUUCUUAUAAGAUAAAAUUAACAUGGGUGUCUUGGUCCAGGAAGAUUGUGAUUGGCUAGUUUCAUGCUGAAUUCAUGAGUUCUUGAGAGUUAAAAAAUCUUGAAAAACCUCUUGUGGUAUAUUAAAUCACAAAUAUCUUGUGAUGGGCUGUCAUGCUUAUUGCAUUCCUUCAUUGUUGUGCCAAAGAAAGCUAUUUUUUUUUAUCCCAAUACUUACCCUCCAUGACUUGAUGCUUCUCUUCUCUGAAGCUUUUGGGGGCAUUUAAUUAUUUCCUUUCUCUCUUUUGGCUUCAGAGGCAGGAUAACGUUUAUUUCUAAUAAUGAGUUUGCCUGCUGCUGAUUCAUAUUGGUUUGUUGUUAUCUUCGGUUGCAAGGGCUUGCAUUUCUCAAGGCUAGCUUGCCAGAGAGAGGAUACGGAAAGACGUUGAACUUUUAGCCUUGGAGGCAUUGAAAGAAAUGACUCUUUAUAGAGAGAUGUAACUGACUAAUUACUUUGGAGACAGAUCUAAUGCCCUGUGAGAUUUUUUUGUUUCUUUUUUAACUUGAACUGGCUUCUAUGAUGAUCUGUUUUCAUAUUGACUUAUUUUGCACUAGUUUUUGGGGAGCAUUGCAUGCACAGAACAAUGUGUUUUUGCUGAAGCAUACCACCAGCACUAUUUGAAAUUUUCUACUUUACAUUGGGUAUUGUUUGACAGCGGCCUCGGUUUGCUUGUAUUUGGCCUCAUUUUCCUUUUCUACCAUGACUGUAUUUAAAGUUUAUAAAGGGGAAUGAUGAUAGAUGCUCUAUCUCUGAAAUUUAUCGUGUGGAAGAAGCAACAAGUACAAGUCGACUGAGCAUCUAGUUACUAGUCCUUCAAUCAUUUCUGCACCAAUUUUUCUUUCUUCUAGCAUCAUUUCAAAUUAUCCUGGACUUCUUAAGGAGGCAGAUUGCGCAACAGCAAAAACACUCCAUUCCAAAGAGGAUUAGACAUGGAGCAUGUUGAUGAAAGACAAGCCAGUGAAUCCACGUGUGGGUGUUCAGCCAUGGCCAGUAAGCCUCAUUACAAGUCUUUCAAAUUCAUCGACAACUCUCGGGAGAUAAGAGGAUUAGAAGGGGAUAAGGGUACUGCUUUAGAACUACAGAGACAGAAGGGAGAAGCAGUGGCCAGAAACCAAUCAGGAGUAGAUGCCAUUAUGGCUUGGGUGAAUCCUGUACAUGGAACAGAAUAUCCAACCAGCCUCAGUGAAUUGGAAGAAAGUAGAGGAAGAAGGAAGAUUUACAUUAAAAGCAAUGUGAUGGAUUCUGACAUGCCAGAGAUGGUUGCCUUUUUUCAAGACAGCAAUUAUCAUUUUGUGAAGGACAUUUUCAUGAAUGGAGAAGUUCACUGCGAGGAUAUCUGUUCCGUCGAAAAUUGCCAAUUAGACCAUAAUAGUAUCUCUUCCAUACUUAACUUUGAUGUAGAAAGUAGCAGUACAUCAACCGUUGGAACUCAGGAUUCAGUUCCAUCCAUUUCAAAUGAGUCAAAAUAUGUGGCAGAUGAUGACUGCCAUAAUCUUUUGAUUAAUCAACAUGGUUCCAGAAUGUCGAUGAAAGAUUUUGAUGGACAAGAAUAUGUUUCGGUAGAAAAGAACGUACACGGAUCUCAUAUGGUUAAAAAGGUUCCAUGUAAGGAAGCAAUACUGUCAAGCUCCAUUGUAUUAUACACAACUGAAGAAGUUUAUUAUGACUGCCCUACGAGUGCAACCACCUUCAGAAAUGAGGUGGACGACACAAUAAGCAACACAGAGGCAGAUUUUGAACUGGUCGUUGAAACUGAAAGCAUGUCCAAGCCUGAAGAUGGGAUGUCAGGAACCUUAACAAGUUCAAGUCGAAGUUUGGGUGAUGAGAAUGUUCAAGGAGAGUCGAGUUUCUUUGCAGUUGAUCCCCCUCCAGGCCUGACCUACUCCGAAGGUCCUAUAUAUUGUGGAAGUGUCAGCUCGCAUUCGUUUGCGUUUCCCAUAUUGCCCUCAGAAUGGGCUGGCAGUCCUGAAAGAAUGGCAAGCACUGACCAAGGACAAUUUCAAAGGCAUCAUCGUUGGAGAAUGCGUUUUCUUUGCUGCAAAUUCUGAGUGACAUAAAUUUCACUGUUCUGUUAUUUUGCUGUUACUGUAUAUUUCAUGAUGUGCUUCCUUGAUUUACAGAAUCCACGAUGUAAACAUUAAUUACUUGCACCAUCACGACACAAAUAAUUAUUUUUCUGUGGAGCAGAUAUAAACUGUUUUGUCAGCACAUCUUUUGACA